AUGCAGCGUUUACCGCCUCGAGCAUGGGCACGCCCAGCGUUAUAUCAUCCAGUUCCACCACCUCCACGUGGAAUCGUUGGUCCGCCAUAUUUAUAUCCGCGCUCAUUGAUUCCUGAUAGCGGCUAUUACCCUCGCUUUGUGCCAAGUCCAAUACCUGAUACGGAGCAGUUGUGGUUGGAAUCAUUCAGACGGACACACUGCAGUCAAGGAAUACAUUCCAAAGAUACACCAACAAUACAAAACGAGCCUCCUUUCAGACUUAUACGACGUCGUGUUGUGCAAGCGCAAACGUUGGCAUUACAGCUAAAAGUCGCGGCAUCGGAGCUUGCUGCAGUCGAAAAGCGACUGGAAAGCUCUCAAGUUGAGACGUUAGGUGAGAAAAAGGCGCAAUUAUGUAUCGAGCACAAACAAAUUACCGCAAAGUGUGAAGCACUUAAGAGACAAUUAGAUGCAAUGAAUGCGGUGUCGGGGAUAUUUACAAAGAAACAACUUGCAGAGUUUCGAGCAUUCGCAGCACGAGUCCAGAAGAAAAAGACAUAUCGCAAGCGAUUAAAGGUGCGUCGUCGAGCUGAGGCAAGUAUACGUCAAGCUGUUGAUGUGAAGUUACAAGACGAAGCAGAGACAUACGAGAAUUAUAAGUCAGAGUCUGUCAUUGAAGAAAACAAGAAGCAGACAGAAAAACAGAACUAUGGCUCGAAAACAGAUAUAAGUGAGCCAACUACAACAAGUCGAACAAUGGAGAACAAUACAGCAUCUGCGCCAACGCUAGAUCCGGAGAAACUAACCAUGGAUUCAUUGAUCGAAGUUCGACGAGCUUGGGAUCAGUACAUUGUAUUACCGACCACAUACGGAGCUUCAUUCAUUCCUCCGUAUUUUGUGCCUCCCCCACCCAAUCCGUCAGCUCAAUGGGCUGUCUACGUCUCGUCAGAUAAUGCUAAUGCUUCGACCUAA